AUGACGUCGCCAGUAGUAGUUGUCAUGUCGAUUUUCGCUGUUCUCAUCAUUUCUAGCGAAGCAGACACCAUAAGAGACUAUGAGGAAUUUCCAGGAAGUAACAUUGUCAAAGGCAUGUGCCCAACAGUUGGACUUAUCGCAGCAGAAUACAGAGUGACUGUCCUCACCGAGAUGAAUUCGGAAUCGCUGUACAUCGGUGGUUGUGCUUCCAUCGACUUCAUGUCACCUGACGUUUCAAAAAAAUCAUUUAGCUUGUGGAUUGGUAGUUUGAAGAAUGGCAUGCAACGUUGCCGUGAGGAUGAUAUGGAUCACUUCAACUUUACCUGUGUGUCCUUGCCACAGUCAGAUGAUUUCAUGAAGGGAAUUAUGUUUGCACAGCUAUUAGGCCAAGUCAACAACAAGGAAAGCAAACAAAGAUGUGCCAUUCACGACAUGGUCAAAGGAAACUCAACGAUGUUCAGAAUUGCGGUUAGUGGUAACGAUUCAUGCCACGGCUUGGCUGAUUUACUACAAUCAAACCUACAGACAACGAUUCCCGAUGGUGCCAUGGUACUGCAAUUGAACAGAAUCAGAUUGGUAUCUAACCAAUUACGAUCAGGAGACAAUACACGGUAUGGGUAUGGUCAUUCAAAUGUUAUAAAACACUAUUCAGGUAACUGGGUGAAUAAGUUGUAG